AUGCGGGCCUUCCAUCUCUCCUGGCUCUCAUUCUUCGCCUGCUUCGUCUCCACUUUCGCCGCGCCUCCUUUACUCCCAAUCAUCCGUGACAAUCUCAACCUCACCGCCGCCGAAAUCGGGUACGCCGGUAUCGCCUCCGUCACCGGCGCCGUCGUCGCUCGCAUCGCAAUGGGUGCCGCCUGCGACACGGUGGGGCCCCGGCUCGCCUCCGCUUCCCUCGUCCUGAUCAUAGCUCCGGCGGUGUUCUUCACUACCACGGUUUCCGCUAUGUCUCUUAUGCUCGGCUGA